UAUGCUUGUGAAACCUGGCCUCUCUGAGCUGAGGACGUUAAAUAAAUAAAUAAAACACUUGAGGAGGUAGUUCAAUUGACUUUCAGUUAUCCAUCAUCUUCAAGCAAGUUGAUGUAAAUCUUCCAAAUCAUGGGUUGAAAAGGCUACAAGUGAUUUAAAGUGAUGGAGACCAGCAGAUCCUAGUGAAGUAACCCCUGAGAUUUUUAAGAAUAAUGGUGCAGUUUUAACAUUCGGAUUAACUGAAAUUUUAGUUAGAAUCUGGGAAGUGAACAUAAUUCCAUUUGACUGGUCUCGAUCGCUGAUCGUCCCAGCUUAUAAGAAAGUACAAAAGUCCCCUUGUGACAAGCACAGAGGGAUCAGUUUAAGUAAUAUAAUGUCUGAAAUAUUAGCCUCAAAAGUGCUUCAACGUCUAACUAGAGGUCGUGAAGAGUAAACCCGAGAAAACCAUGUUGGACCGAAUAUUCACCCGUAAGCAGGUUCUGGAACAUAGACAUACUACCGAGUAAGCAAUGCCUGUGUUAUGGAUAGGGUACUAGUUAAGGAUGAUAAAUUGACUGAUAAGGUGGUUAUUGAAUCUUCAUCAGCUGAGGUGGUUGGGACAUGUGUUAUAUUGCCAAACCAAAACAUGUCAUUGGUGGAUGAAGUGAUUGAGGAUUGUACUGAGCCAUUUUAACAGGUGUAGAUUAGUUUGUUGGGGUCGGGUUGAUUACAUAAUAUUGGGUAAGACCAUUAGUAAUGAUAAUAAACAGUGGUUAUGUACUUUGGUCGAACUGGCUCGAAAUCAUUUGGAGUAGAUCAGGUGCAUCCAUCGUUUGUCUUGCCUCAAAUUCUGAGCCUCUGAAUUCAUCAUACCUGUUUUCUUCUGUUUUUCUUGCACUAAUCUAUAUUUUCUUUUCAAGUGGUAUAUUCGACACGUAAUCACCACCGAUACUGUUACUACCUCUCCUAUUCUGUGAUUUGUCCUGACAGUCUAUUCUAUCUGUGUGCUAAUGAGGUAUGGUAACUUGAACCGAUAUACAUACGUUCUAUUUGACUGAAUGACUACAUUUCUGUUUGGUACUCACUUAUGGGAUAGUAGUCACAAAAACUUUCUUGCUUUCUUUAUUUUCGAUCUGUUACCCGUAGCAUUUAUAAAAGCACGUAUUAUAAGCAAAAAACGUUUUCAUUGGAUUACAGCAUUUAUUGCUAAACUUAAAUCAUACCAUUUAAAGUAUUAGCAAGUUUAAAACUGUACCUGAGCACUUCGGUGACUUUCUUCUGUUACCCUGCCAUACAAAAUUAAGAUUUGUAAAGUUACAAACCUUACCUUGAUUUCGUGGUUUCUACCUUACGAGUAGCUUCCAAAUAAAUGAUGGAUUAUUAUAGAAUGUAAAUAAAGGCACUGGCUCGUGAACUCAUUCAACGGAUUUUAUCAGCUAAUUUGGCUUUCGAUUUCUUAUAUUUUGUAACUCCUCAGUGUAGUAUGUUGCGCGUCCGACAUCAGCUGCUACGUUGACGUGACUCGACUGAGCUAUAUUGACUGGAACACGUGUUUCUUUUGGUCCAAUUUUAACAGGUAGGUUAGUUGGGGAGUGGUACGACCAAAACUAGCACUGUAAUGUCAGAGGGCGAAGUUUUACUGCUUACUGUAGAGGUGCGUAACAGUAGUAAGUUGUCCCCCUUGAGUAACCAGCAUCUAGAGCAAUGCUGCCUUUUCACAACGGAAGGAAGAGGUCAUGAAAGCUCGAUCCUAAAAAUCAAAUCCUACUGACUCGAGCUCGUAUGAAGUAUAGGGUGAAUUCUACAAGAAGCAUUCCAACCUUCAAAAAACUAAGCACUCUGAUGCAAUAAUAAUGUCUAUUGAUUGUCAUGUUCAAGUAGGUGGACUAAAGCAAAGAGAAAGGAACUUAGGUGAACCUCAUGGUGUCUGAGCUCAUCGAACAGAUAAUUGCAGCCAUCUGUUGCAACUAUGCUCAGAUACUCGUUUAUUUCAAGCGGGCAUCACUCACAACCAACUCAACGGUAGAUUCAAAUAGACCAUAUUGACAUCAUCUCUCAUUGGAGAGUCUCAAUGGAAGAGUGCCUCUCAUUCCGGAGCACACGUAUAGAUUGAAAUCAUGCUCUCGUUGGCGCACGUAUUUGUUUGGUGGAGUUGACUAACUAUUAUAAACUUCUAGCUUUCAAAGAUUAAUGUGCUCACAACGUUUUUCGUAGCUAGUUACGUUACUUUUUAUGGUCUCCGUUGUAUUUCUGUACGUUUAGGUACAUGGAUGUUGCAAUAUUUCUUAUUAUAGUUAAUCUAAUUUACAGAAUUCUUGGCACAAAAUGUAUAACGACAUCCUAUUAGAUGACUAUUAAUUUAACUUUUGAUGUACUGCAGAAGUAGUCCGAUUUUUUCCUAAAAUACAGACAAAAAGCUUUUUCACAGAAACCGUUACUGAUCCUAACAAAUAGUUUUACGUGAUAGGGUACAUGAGUGAUAUUAUUUUGUUUAGCAAUACGAAGUUUGCAACUUUAAGUCAUAACUCGUAAUCAAAACUUUAAAAGCUUAUCUACUCAAUUUUUUUAAGUAAAUAUUUUUUAAUGUUGUGUAUUCGUGCGCACUUUUUACAUGCUCAAAUAUUUUUAGAAUUUUGAAUAGCUAAAUUCUGAUUAGGUUUUUGGCAUAUGUGGAAUUGAUUUUUAUUGAUUAAUACGCCUAUUUACAUUCUGGUGAUCGCUAUUUAGGCAUAAUUUUUCCUGUUAUUAACCUUAUUGUUAAGACCUAUGUCUACUCCACAUACAGAAGUGAACUCUGGACAAACUGAAUUAGCACCCAUUAGUACAGUUGGGACUGAUAUGUCAAGUAAUACAUUAUCGAUUGGUGUCCCUCUUCACACUCUUGGUCCCAUUGAAGGGCAAGAUGGACUCAGUUUGACUAGACAAGAAAUAAAUCGACUCAUCUUGGAGUAUUUAGUCGUUGAAGGUUACAAAGAUGUUGCUGAAAAAUUUAGUCGUGAGACGGGAAUUGUAGAGCCUUUAAAUGAGUUGCAAGUUGCAGGUGCAAGUUUGAAUGAUCGUAUGUGGAUUCGUGAAGCAGUUUUGUUAAGGAAAAUUGAAGACGUUAUUGAUACAGUGAAUCGAUUAUGGCCUGAACUCUUUGAUAAAAACCCUUUUAUCUACUUUCAGCUUCGGCAGCUGCAAAUGCUAGAACUUAUUCGGAACAAGCGUUUAGAAGAAGCCCUUAUAUUUGCCCAGUCGUAUUUAGCGGACCCAGUAGCCAAACGGUUAUCAGAACAUCCUCAAUUAUUGAAUGAAAUGCAAAAUACUAUGGCACUAUUAGCUUUUGAUAAUCCUGCUGAAAGUAUUUAUGGCAAGCUGCUUAGUCCUCAACACGCUGAAGUGGUUGCAGGAGCACUAAAUCGAGCUAUACUUCGACAUAUCGAAUCAUCAGGAGAUGAAUUCGAUACAUCAGAAGAGGGUAAAGGCUCUGUGACUGCGAACUCUAUGGGUUAUUCCGGUGUCUCAUCCACUGUACCACGAUUGACAAAAAUGAUGGCGCUGUUACUACAUUUCCGUGAUUUAUCACAGCUUGAACUUCCACCAGAAUUAGCCUCAUUAUAG